CUGGUUUGCCCCUCAGCCACUUCGUGUGACAAUUCUACCAAAAUUAUGCAUUUGACCCAUCUCACCUCCUGUACUCCUGACACACCAAAUAUAAACCAAAGCCUUUUAACUUCGUCGUCUUAGCAACUUCAAACCCCAACACACCCCUCUCUCUCCUUCAAUGGAACAUACAAAGAAGUUUUCCCCUGGAACUUCCGCCAUUGUUUUUCUCCUUUUCGCUGGCUUUCUCUACAUAUGUGUAUGGUCUCCUUCAAACCCUUUACUCCCCUUCGAUCAACCCAACGGUUCUCCCAAAAAUUUUACUGCUGUAGAGUUUGCUGUGAAAGACGAGCUUGAUUUGGCGUUAGAGGAAGCUUCGAUGCGGAAUAAGACCGUCAUAAUAGCGGUUGUCAACAGGGCUUACGUCGAGCAAAGCGUUAAUGCGGAGACCACAAUGCUGGACCUUUUCUUGGAGAGCUUUUGGCUGGGUGAAGAUACGAGGCCAUUGCUGGACCACCUGCUCCUGGUUGCGGUGGAUCAGACGGCUUACGAUCGGUGCAUGUUCAAGCGAUUGCACUGUUACAGAUUGGUGACGGAGGGUGUAGAUUUCGGGGAGGAGAAGGUAUUCAUGUCCCGGGAUUUUAUCAAGAUGAUGUGGAGAAGAACUUUUUUCCUUACGGAAGUGUUGAGGCGUGGCUACAGUUUCAUUUUCACGGACACAGAUGUAGUGUGGCUACGGAAUCCGUUUACAAAGUUAAGCCUGAAUGAAACCGAUGAUCUCCAGAUUAGUGUUGAUAAAUACUUUGGCAGCCGACGACCCGAGCAUAAUUUGAUCAACACCGGCUUCUAUUACAUCAGGUCGAACAACAAGACCAUCUCUUUGUUCGACAAAUGGUAUUCACUCAAGGACAAUUCCACCAGGAAAAAAGAGCAAGACGUGUUGUUAGACCUACUAAGACAUGGGGUCGUCACCGAAUUGGAUCUUCGAGUAAGGGUCUUGGAGACGAGAUAUUUCAGUGGCUUUUGCGAAGACAGUAAAGAUGUUGGUGCUGUAACGACGGUCCAUGCGAAUUGUUGCCGCCACAUAAAUGCAAAGGUUAGGGACUUGACGGCCGUCCUCCGUGAUUGGAAGAGGUUCAAGGCGGCUCUGACUAAGUAUCACAAGGCUGCUCGUAAUAUAACUAGGAGUUUUGGGUGGUCACCACACGUUGGAUGCUUGAAUUCAUGGAAACCUCAAACAUUAACUUAAAACAUAUAGUUUUUAUUUAUUUAUUUUUUCUAAUAAAAAAAUCAAUUCAAUUUGAUACAUCCAGUUUCACUGUGUUGUCAAGGCAUAAGAAAUUAGCGUUUGAUUGUUUUUAGAAUCUUAAAUAAAUAGUUUUUGUGUGGUUCCUUGUAAUCAAA